GCUCAUAUCUCCAGAGAGAUUAGAUUGUAUUGUAUUGCAGUGUCUUUAUAUACUCGGUCAAGUUCAUUGCCUAUCUGUAUGCAAUUGCACUGCGUGUUGGCAGAUUGCAUGCAGAUUGUAAAAGGUAACAGACGGAGAUCUGUGUGUGUGUGAUGGCCCAGCAGGACAGUAAAACUGUUGGGUGGUGGCAAGCUACCGUUUGUGGUGUGUCUGGUGUGGGGGAGGGGUGGACAGUGGAAGAGUGAUUAACACCGGGGUUCUAGCUUGUAGGACAGCUGGA